AUGAAAAAUUACACAGUGUUAACAACCUUCAUCCUGCUGGGCCUGACAGAUGAUCCAAAUCUACAGAUUGCGCUUUUUGUCUUUUUGUUUCUAACCUAUUUACUGAGUGUGAUUGGGAACAUAACCAUCAUCACCCUCACCUUCAUAGAUGUCCACCUUAAAACUCCUAUGUACUUCUUUCUCCGUAAUUUCUCCUUUUUAGAAGUUUCUUUUACCACGGUCUGUAUUCCCAGGUACCUGUAUACACUUGCUAGUGGGGACAAUACAACGACAUAUAAUCCUUGCGCUGCUCAGUUAUUUUUUGUUGUUGUCCUGGGUGUGACUGAGUUUUUUCUCCUGACAGCCAUGUCUUAUGACCGCUAUGUGGCCAUCUGCAAACCUCUGCACUACAUGACCAUCAUGAACAACAGGGUCUGCAUCAAGUUCCUCAUCGGUUGCUACGUGCUAGCUCUGAUCGUUGUUCUCCCACCCUAUAUCAUGGGGUUUAAGCUUGAGUUUUGUAAUUCCAAUGUCAUAGAUCAUUUCGGCUGUGAUGCUGCUCCCAUCCUGAAGAUCACCUGCUCAGACACAGAGUUUUUAGAGCGAUUUGUCUUGGUCCUGGCUGUGUUGGUCCUCAUAUUCACCUUGGUGUGUGUAAUUAUGUCCUAUACAUACAUUAUCAAGACCAUUCUCAGAUUCCCUUCUGCUCAGCAAAGGAAAAAGGCUUUUUCUACUUGUUCUUCCCAUAUAAUUGUGGUUUCUAUCACUUAUGGAAGUUGCAUUUUCAUCUAUAUCAAACCACAUGCCAAAGAAGGGGUUGCUAUGAAUAAAAUAGUGUCACUACUCACCACCUCUGUUGCCCCUGUAAUGAAUCCCUUCAUUUAUACUCUGAGGAACAAACAAGUGGUGCAAGCUUUCAAAGACAUGCUCAAAAGGAUUGCAUCCAUCUCAAAGAACUAG